AUGCUCUCACUACGUCGACUUCUUUGUUCCAAACAUUCGAAAACGAUUCCCGCCAGAAAUCUGUCAUACACUGUACGACAAAUACUUCUUGGGGACGUCCAGCACCAACAAGCCAUUACCGUUCAUGGGUGGAUUCGGAGCAUUCGGAAACAAAAAUCUGUGUCAUUCGUGGGGGUUGGUGACGGUACAUCGCCCGUAAAUCUACAAAUUGUGGUGGAUCGCACCUUGAUUCAGAACCUGCGCGUUGGUGAUUCGGUCCGUGCUGUUGGUACUCUUGCAUGCAGUCCUGGACGCGAUCAGGCGCUGGAACUCCAAGCUUUGGAGUUGUUCCGACUUGGGGCUUGCGAUGUGACGUCCUACCCACUUCAAAAAAACCACCAUAGUCUUCGACAUUCGAGAAAACAUGCCCACCUGAGACCUCGUGAGCCAACAGGUUUGGCUGUGUUGCGGAUUCGGAAUGCCUUGACUGACGCCUUGCAUCGGUGGUUUCGAGACCGGGAUUUUACACAUGUCAACCCCCCUAUCUUGACCUCCAAUGAUUGUGAAGGGGCGGGGGAGGUGUUUCGCAUUACCACCGAAUCCGCAUUGCGUCAACACCAGGCAUCUUGCUCUGUUGAAGACUCGAAGGUCGCGUAUGAUCACAGCGGAAAUGCCCAGCCAGAAACUGGUUCCCGGAGCGUCACCUCAAUACCCGAGUUUUUCGAUAGGCCCGCUUAUUUGACAGUCUCAACACAGCUACAUCUGGAAGCCCUUUGCGCCGCUCUCUCGCGAGUGUUCACUAUUUCGCCCACAUUCCGCGCUGAAGGAUCGCAAACACAUCGACAUCUUUCCGAAUUUUCGAUGUUGGAGGCUGAAAUAGCUUUCAUCGAGAAUUUGGAGGACGUUAUGACGGUAGUUGAGGAUAGUCUCAAGGACGCGUUGUUGCAGCUAAAGACAAACACCUCAGAGGAGAUUGAGUUGAUUUGGAAACUUAGCCAACGAAAUACUCGUCAUCCUUCAACAGAGUCGGGCCGUUCAUCAAAUCUCUCCGGGAAUAAUUCAGUCGGGUCCUGGGACGAUUUUACUCGAGUCGCAUCUCUUGAACAUCAAUGGGUUCGGAUGACUUAUGCUGAAGCGAUUUUGGAACUACAAAAGCAAGAAACAUCGCGUCCAGGCUCAUUUCUGCAUUCGAUCAAACUUGGCAUUCCACUCCAGAGUGAACAUGAGAAGUGGCUUGCGGGGACAUUGAUCGGGGGGCCAGUUUUCAUUACAGAUUAUCCUGCACAGCAGAAACCCUUCUACAUGCGCCUCAAUCCCUCUGAUCUUACGACAGAUGAAAAAAGUGGGAUCGAAACUGUUGCCUGUUUUGAUCUCCUUGUUCCCCAUGUUGGAGAGCUUGUUGGAGGCUCCUUACGGGAAGACAGAUUGAAUCAUCUUCUCACUUCGAUGGACAUGCAUGGGGUAGAUAAGGGAAAUAUGGAGUGGUAUUUAGAUUUGCGCAGAUUUGGGACAUUUCCUCAUGGUGGAUUCGGGAUGGGUGUCGAGAGAUUCAUCAGCUGGAUAACAGGGAUCGAAAAUAUAAGGGAUUGCACAAUGUUCCCUCGGUGGUCUGGGAGUAUAGUUAUGUAGGAUGAUCGUCUAAUGUACAGCACUACUGGCACUCGAUUUUCAUUAGGAGGCACGGGAUACUGAACAAAAGACACACACUAGUAGCACAGGAUGAAAAUGAUAUUCAGAAUCUUCCCCUUC